AUGAAAGGUGAACUGACUGACUAUUAUGAUAAAGUUGCAGAAGAAAGAAGGAAUAGGGCUAGAGUCAUGACUGUGGAGCCUAUUAGUAUAAAUACUUUUCUUGUUAAAGACGGUGAUGAUGGAGGACAAGUGGAUUUGGCCAGCAAGACUUGCUCCUGCAGAGUUUUUGAUAUUGACCAUAUACCUUGCGUCCACGCUUUUGCAGCAUGUAGAGUUAGAAAAUUACCAAUAAUUUCAUUGUGUUCGCAUUAUUAUCGUAUUGAGAUGUUGCUACUGGCAUACGCAGAACCAAUCAACCCUGUUUUGAACACAGACACUAAUGUUUUGACUGAGGAAGUGAGGGUUGUGUUACCGCCAGAAACCAGGAGAAAAGUGGAUGACCAAAGAAACGUCGAAUUCCAUCAUCCGGUGAGCAAAUACAAAAAAGAAAAUGCAGUCUUUGCAAAUAAAAUGGUCACAACCGUCAAACUUGUAGUGAACCCAUUUGUUUACACCCUAGCACGUUAG